AUGCCGGCGUUGUGGCCAUCGCCCUCUCCAGCAUCCCUGAUGGAAACCACUCCCGAUGACAAGGGUCAUGAUUUGGCUCUGGACAGGCCUUUCCCCCGACGCCUCAGUUCGCCCGCCAAGCUCGUUCGCCUUGGGGUGCGGAAUCGCCGCCACGAAUACCUGGUGAAGAACCCGUCGUAUUUUGACAAUCUGGAUCAUGAACUUGCUGAUCCUGUUCUGUAUGAGCGCCUUGUCAAGAGAUUUCAAACCCCAGCCGAACGAGAAGCAGAAGGAAAAGCCAAGGGCUAUGGUCGCACCCUUGAAGCAGAUCUCGUGAGAGGCGAGACGAAUCUCUCCAACGUCUAUCAAGCACCAGAGCAAGGCAGCCGAGCACAAGAAUAUGCGAGCGUGCCGGGUGAUGGAGGCGCAGGCACCAAUGCUUGGGACGCCGACGCAGAGAAUAAAGAGCACGGCAUGCAGCUUUGGCAUGCAUACAUCGAAGCCCGCUUUGUCGAGGGCCUAGAUGAAGAAUUCGACUAUGAAAAGGUCGAUGAUGAUUAUAAGUACGACACUUUGGCGAUCCAGGACGCUGAGGAUGCCUGGUUCGAUAACGAAGAGCCAAGCUGGGUGGAUGGGGACGCGCAGUGCCAAGCUAGGCCGGGGGAGACAGGCAUUCAAGAUUUUUGAGUCUUGUUGAUAGAAGGCAUCUAUAAGUCGCCUCUACUGAGAGCUGGGAAAGGUAAAUAGCUCUCCGGGUCGCUGAGUACCGUGGCGUUGUCGGGCGUGGUAUCGUAGGGCAUAAGAUUACCGCAAGCAUCUGGGUUAAUGUUCUUUUGCACCAGCGCCAGUAAUGCGUUGCAAAGAUUGUUUCGUAUCGUGAGAAUCCGUGUCGUGAAGACAGCAUGGCAACAGUCUGUGUCCAUAGACCUUGUAUCCAUAGAACCUGCACCCAUAAAGGACUAUGUUUGUAAC